AUCAAAUCUCAAUACCCUUAAAUCAUAUACCUUAAUUGCCUGUGGCUUCUCAUUCGUAAGCGGUCUUCGGAUGAGGGUGACAACAAUGCGCAUUUCAGACUUGGUGGCAACGAUAAAUAUUCCCGCGUUUUUGUGACAUUUACAGCAGAUUGCAUAUACACUAGUAAUAUUAAAGACAGUGCUAUUAGAAAAUAAAAUAUAAAAUUUAGUUUGUGACGAAAUUAUUAAUAAUUGAUGGUAAUGGUUUCUCAGCACGUAGUUGUUGUUUCCUUGGUUAAAAAGUCUCCAGUUUUUUAAGAAAUAUAAUUAUUUUGGGGACCUAUACAAUAAAGAACAUAUAAACAUCGUUUGUAAAUAGUAAAAAUGUCGGAGAAUAAGAAUGCUAACAACUAUCUUUCUCAGUAUGAGGACUUGUGUAGGGAACUAAAUAUGGAUCGAGAAACGGAGGAACGUUCGUGGAAAAUGUUUGAAGAAGUCUUUCAGCGAUCAUCGUUAGAGGGUGAGCCUUUACAUUGGUUUUGUUGUGCACUUUACGCUGCAUGUAGACUGUCUUACACACCCACAGUUGGCGGAGCUAAUGCAAUUGUUGUGGGCAACUGUAUAUCUUUAAACAAAAUGCUUCGAUGUUGUAAAAUAAGUAUAUCGGAAUUUAUAUCAAAAAUCAAGGUCUGGCAUGAUAUGGCAAAACUACCAGCCAGUUUUCUAAGACAAAUUGAGAGAUUGGAAAGAACCCCUGGAAUAACAUUUCAUCUUUAUUGUCGAUACAAUGAUAUAUUCGAAAAGUUAUUUAUUUCAUCUCGUAAUGAUAAGAAAAACACAAAAUACAGGUCUGUUGCAAGAUGCUCAUCUAGUAAGUUGUACGACUUAUGUUGGUGCCUUUAUUUGUGCGCGAAGAAUGAGGACCCCAGUUAUAAUAUGGAUAUAGUGACUUCUUUCCAUUUAUUGUUGUGCUGCAUAGAUCUAAUUUACAUAAAUGUUUUAGCAGAAAAUCGAGUAGAUCUCGUCAAUCGGAACUUCGAAGGUAUACCAGAAAAGUGGGGUACACCGAUGUUUAAUGCACAAAAAUUAAACGGUUACUGUAUCAUUGGAGCGCUCUGCUCUCUUACCGGGGCAUUGUCCAACGAUGCUAGAGAAAUGAAGGAAAACCAUUGUAAAAAAAUUUUUACAAAGUUUUUUCAAACAAAGACAAUACAAGGAAACGAGAAUAUGUUUUUAGGAAUUAUUUCUAACGAAAACUUCGAUAGAAAUGUAAAAUCUUUAAACAGUGCAUAUGAGCAGUACGUAUUAAGUGUUGGCGAAUUCGAUGAAAGAAUACUACUUAGUAAUCCUAAUUGUAGAAAACUAAGUAGUUCAGAUGUUGGCGACGAUGGCCAUUCGGUUCCAAGUUCACAGACGCCUUAUACUCGUAAACAUAUUCUGCCGAACAAAGAAGAUUUUACCGAACCUGUAGCCAGUGCAACGCAUAAUGUUAAAAAACUAAAAGAUAUUGCAAAUAUAUCCGAACCCACUGAUUUCAUAAGGCAAGCUGGCUCGGAGACUAUAAAUAAAAUCUAUGAAAAGCUGACUCAAAUGCAAAAAGACUUCAAUUCUGCGCUAGGAAACGCGGAUGUCGGCGAUCGUUUUCAGACGGCAGAGUCUUUAUUUUUCUAUUUAUUAGAUAAAAUUCUAAGAGUAGAAACUAGAACAAAACCUAAUAUUGAUCUCAAAAUUUUAUUGGGAAAUGAAACUUUUGUAACAACGCUCAUCGCUUGCUGUGUCGAAAUUGUGCUUGACGCAUAUCAAUCUCAAAAAAAGUUUCCAUGGAUAUUAAAAUGCUUCAGUAUAUCCGCUUUCCAUUUUCAUAAGAUUAUCGAAAUAGUGGUUCGAAGCCAUGAUGAAUUACUCUCACGUCCAUUGAUUAAACAUCUAAAUUAUAUUGAAGAGACAUGCCUUGAAUCCUUGGCUUGGCAAAGUGAAUCUCCUUUAUGGGAUAUCAUAAAAACGUUUACAUUACCGCCAUGGUCCGAGGUAGAUGUUGAUAAUUUAGCUAAACGAUAUCAACCUCAAAUUCCCCAGUCUCCCAAUUGUUCUGCGUACGAAACAUUUAGUUCUACAAUUGUCAAUGAAUCUACACGAAGGGAUCUUUUCAAUAGCGCAAAAGAAGCGUCUAACGAACGAGAGAAAGAAGCUAUAUACAAAAAACAGAUAGAAGGUAACAGGCGGGCGGCAUCUUUAACAAUUUUCUGCAGAAAAUUUUAUAAACUGGCUUGGAUUAGGCUGAAGGAAUUGUGCCAUGAACUUAAUUUGGCUGAAGAAACACACUUGAAUAAAUUGUGGACUCUUUUUGAAUAUUCAAUAACUCAAAGAACGGAAUUAAUGCGGGAUCGCCAUCUUGAUCAAAUGCUUAUGUGCGGAAUUUAUUUGUAUAUAAGGGUGAAGGAAAUUAAAUGUAAAUCAUUUACUGACAUAAUGAGAUUUUAUAGAAAACAGCCUCAAGCUCAAAGUAGUACUUACAGAGAGAUUUUAAUUGAACCAGCUGAGGGAGAUAAUGGGUCACGUCCUGAAUACCGAGAUAUAAUAUAUUUCUAUAACAAUAUAUACGUUAAGAAACUAACCCCAUAUGCAUAUAACUUUAGUGAGAAAAAACAAUCGCAAAAUGUGCGAUUGUCACCACAUCCAACAGAAAAGCAGUCUUAUCCACGAAAAUUGUCUAAUAACUAUAUAUAUAUUUCAAGAAUGGAAAAAUCUGAACAUACUCAUUCACCAUUUCUAACAUAUGAGUUUUCAAAAAGUCCUGGGAAAAAUCUUGAAGAUUUAAAUUAUGUUAUCCGUAGAGGCAAACGAAAUUUGCCUUUCAAUGACCUGGAUAGCAGUGAUGGUCCUCUAAUUGAAAGUAAAAUUCCUAAGAAGACACCAGUAUUUUUACAAAAGUGCAGAGAAGUUUGGCAGGAUAGGCAGGAAGAAAAGAAGUGAAUGUAUUGCAAAUACAAAAAUAUAUUCAUACGUACUCAUUUCAAAUAACAUGAUUAUUAUUGCCGGCAUUUCAUAUGGCUACCUUUGACAGCUUGUUAAUAUUGAAAGUGGCAAAACACUUUUAAAGAAUUUAAUUAUAAUUACUCAAAAAAUAAAUAAGUUACAAGGUA